UCAUGGGGCCCCCGGGCAAUAGUGGAUCAUGGGGCCCCUGUGUCCUUGCCCAAACUCAAAAAAGCCUAUGAAAAAGGUACCAGGGGCAUCUCAUGGGGCCCCCUACUGACCCCGGGCCCUCGGGCAGUGCCCGAGUUUCUAAAUGGUCAGUCCGCCCCUGAUUCCCCCCAUUAGGUAUUGGGUGACCCAAGUGACCCCUGAUGUCUUCAUUAUGUGCUAGAGAUGGAGAACAAAGACACAAUGUCUAUGACCACCUUCUCCCUCAACACAUGGCACUGCACUUAUCAUGAAAUGAAGUCUAAGCACCAGAUGAAGUUAAUAAAAUUGAGUGAAG